UUGCCAACUUUUCUCCUCUUCACGAUUUCCCUUCCAUUUCCUCCACAAAAGGCACCGUUCCCAUCUCUCUCUCUCUCUCUCUCUAAACGAAGGAGCCCACAACCUGCGAACGUGUGGUCGCUCAUCGUCCUCUACUUGGGUUCUGGUUUAAAUUCACGGGAGACCCUGCAGAAGUAUCUAAUAUCCGACAGUGCUGGCAAUCAACCCCUUUUGAGCUUCUUGCUAAAUACUUAGAGAUGCCCUUUAUCUUCUUCAAGUCAGUUGUUCUUGCGUCCUGAAAGAAAGCAGCAAUGAUAGAAUCCAUUAUCUGUCACCAAGCCCCAAAAGGCUAUGAUAUAACGAAGCAUGGAAAUGCUUUCAUGGCAUACUCACGUCCAAUGUCAUGCCACUGUGGGCGGGCUUUAAACAUUGUAUGUACAUAUCACCUGCGAGCUCGUGUCCCGUUGUCAUCCAUAGCAAAUUACCGCACAAUUCAUGGUCCUUCAGCUUCAGCACAUCGAUGUAGGCAGACUCAAUUGUUAACUUCUUUUGGAUUUGGUCAAAGAGGACUCUAUCACACUAGUCAUGGACCCAGUCCCGCUCAAAGAUCGCGAGUACGUGCCUCAUUGGAUGUUGCCACUGCUGUUGAUGUGAUCAACGACUUGGGAUUGGAUACUCUAACAUUCUUAGCUGUGACUGUCAUGGUUGUUCCGACAUUCAGGAUUCUCAAAGCUAGCCCUAUACUUGGUUUCUUCUUUGCAGGAAUUGUCCUUAAUCAGUUUGGCCUAAUAAGGAAUCUGACUGACAUCAAAGUUCUAUCUGAAUGGGGCAUUCUUUUCUUGCUAUUUGAGAUGGGCUUAGAGCUAUCGCUUGCACGACUAAAAGCUCUUGCAAAAUUUGCCUUUGGCAUGGGACUGACUCAGGUUGUAUUGUCUACUCUUGCUUUCACAGCAUUCGAACUUCCACCUAAUGGGGCUGUAGGAACCAGAAUUCUAGAGUUCCUUUUCCACUCAAGGCCAGAUUUGGUUAAUAUCAGAAGUGUGGAUGAAGCUAUAGUGAUUGGUGCCGCUUUGUCCCUGUCUUCUUCUGCUUUUGUCCUGCAGCUUCUUGCAGAGAAAGGUGAGCUAGCAACCAGAUUUGGCUCUGCAACGCUGGGGAUUCUUCUUCUACAGGACAUUGCAGUCGUCCCGCUUUUGGUCGUACUUCCUAUUUUAGAGAGUCAGAAUUUGGUAGAGGAGAGUAUUUUGCCGAUGCUUGCUCAAGAAAGCCUGAAGGCUUUACUCGGCUUGGGAUUGCUAUCUUUAGGAGGAAAGUACCUGCUUAGGCGAGUUUUCGAGGUUGUUGCUGAAGCAAGGAGCUCUGAAGCUUUCGUUGCUCUCUGCCUGCUAACGGUUGCUGGGACUUCACUUAUAACCCAGAAGUUGGGUUUCAGCGACACUCUUGGAGCUUUUCUUGCUGGGGCCAUAUUGGCGGAAACAAAUUUCAGAACACAAAUUGAAGCAGAUAUACGGCCUUUCAGAGGCUUACUUCUUGGGUUGUUCUUUGUGACGACUGGGACUUCAAUUGACAUGCAGCUGCUCAUCCGAGAGUGGCCCAAUGUCCUCGCACUUCUUGGAGGUUUGAUUGUUAUCAAGACAUUAAUCAUAACAACAAUAGGUCCUCGUGUUGGACUCACCCUACAAGAAAGUGUAAGAAUUGGGUUGCUUCUAUCACAAGGAGGGGAGUUUGGAUUCGUUGUCUUCUCCUUAGCUAACAGGCUUGGCGUGCUACCUCUGGAGCUUAACAAGCUCCUCAUAAUAGUUGUGGUGCUCUCUAUGGCACUAACGCCUUUACUUAAUGAAGUUGGGAAAAGGGCUGCUGACUUUAUUGAUGAUAAGUUGGAUUCUGAGGAUCAAAAUGUCGAGGCGGUCAAUUUUGACGCUAGAGAACCUGUUGUGAUCCUUGGAUUCGGCCAAAUGGGUCAGGUUCUUGCCAAUUUCUUGUCUGCCCCCUUGGCUUCUGGAAUUGAUGGAGAUCUCUCUGGAUGGCCUUACAUUGCCUUUGACCUCAAUCCUUCUGUAGUAAAGGCAUCGAGGAAACUCGGCUUUCCGAUUCUAUAUGGUGAUGGAUCACGCCCAACUGUGUUGCUGUCUGCUGGGAUCUCUUCUCCGAAAGCUGUCAUGGUGAUGUAUACCGGAAAGAAGCGGACAAUCGAGGCUGUUCAAAGACUACGUCUCGCCUUCCCAGCAGUUCCGAUCUAUGCACGAGCCCAAGACGUGACACAUCUGCUAGAUCUCAAGAAAGCAGGUGCUACAGAUGCUAUUCUGGAAAAUGCCGAGACAAGCCUGCAGCUUGGAUCCAAGCUCUUGAAAGGUUUCGGUGUGAUGUCCGAUGAUGUAACGUUUCUCAGUAAGCUUGUCCGAGACUCCAUGGAGCUACAGGGCCAAGAUGCUCUCAGUAAAGGUGUUGGUCGGGAAAUUAAUAUCAUGAAGCCACUUCAGGUGAGAGUUGCUGAUGUAGUUAGGAGAAAAGACCCGAUUCCAUCAAGUUCACGCGGAGAUGAAGCAUCCAAAGCAUGCCAGCCAGUUGCAGAAGACGAGACACUCCCUCCAGUGCAGGUGGAUCGGAAAGAACAUACUGAAGAUCACCAGCAGUCACAGGAGAAUGGCGUCUCCUUUGCUCUAUCUGCUGAUGCUCUGGCUGAGAAAAAUGCGCAGCACGUGAAUAACAGUAGAGAAGUGCAUUAAGGUCGAUCCUUAAAUACAUUUUUAUUCUUUACCUUUACCCGACUAAUUUAUAGCUCUCCCCAAAACUAGGUCAAAUGGAAGUCUCAAUUUUGGUCUGAGACUGCGAGAAAAGAGACGUGGAGUGGAGAAUCUUCUUUGUUUUCUAUGGUGAUUUACUGCGAAUUCGCUAAGAUGGACCGGAAUAUCUCAUUGUAAGGCAAUUUAUUCAGAUAGAAUGUAACAAUAUGUUGUACAUAAGUGAAUUCCAUUUAUAUGAUAUUCAAGAAUAUUACUAGUUCAGUCUGUACA